AUGACGGUCCUCAGGGCGUUUUUCCCAGUGUGCUGCAAAGGUCGACCACGGGUCGGGCGCCGGGGACUCUGGGCUGAGAGUCUACCUGGAGUGUCAGACGUGGAGCCCAAGCAGAUCCGCGCAGCGCAGGCGCUGCCACAUGCCACAUGUUUCUCAGGACAAGACGUGGCAGGUCUUGCAAGCGUUGCAGGCGUUGCAAGUGUUGCAAGUCAGUGCCAUUGGGAGAGUAUGAUACUUCUCCUCAUGCAGGCUCAGGAGUUGAGCUUCACUUGUGAUGUUUGCUCUAGCCGGCCUGACGACAGGCUGAACGUGCAGAUGAAGCAAGUGCGACGUGAUAAGACAUGA